UAAAUGGUUAAAAAAUCAGAAAUGCUGAACAAUAUCACAUCUGAUCCUUCUUCUUUCCUUCAACACUCUUUCUCCUUCUCACUCUUCUCACUCGUUCAACUUGUUUCUACCAGCACUUUCUCAUCAAAGCAACAAGGAAGAAAGGAAGUUACUUCACUUUUCUGUAAACCUUUCACUCUCUUCAUUCCAUCAGAGAGCAAAACCUGAGAAAUAAAAUAAAAGCACCCCAUUAAGCAAGCCAAGCAACCCAUCACGAUUCCAACAUAAAGCACCGAUUUUUACCGCCGAAACCCGACACCCAGAUGAAGAUUUGAUUCGAUCCGUCAUUUUCCUCAAAUGGGUCACUCCAAUUCUUCGUCGCCAUCGAAGCGCGGCCACGUGCGGCAGUGGCGGCUCCUGGACCUCGUCACCGGCGUGUUCUUCUUCCUUGUAGUGCUCUUCUUCGUCAUGGUCUUUACCCCGUUGGGCGAUUCGCUCGCCGCCUCUGGCCGCCAGACGCUGCUCCUCUCUGGUGCUGACUCCCGUCACCGCCACCAGCUAGUGGAGGCGGUCGAGACAGCUGGGCGGGGCGUGGAGGCGUGCCCCGCCGAUACGGCUGAUUACAUGCCGUGCGAAGAUCCAAGGCUGAACAGCCAGCUGAGCAGGGAGAUGAACUACUACAGGGAGAGGCAUUGUCCCAGGCUGGAAGAGUCGCCACUCUGCUUGAUUCCGCCGCCGAACGGUUACCGGGUGCCGGUGCCGUGGCCGGAGAGCUUGCACAAGAUAUGGCACAGCAACAUGCCAUACAACAAGAUUGCUGACAGGAAAGGUCACCAGGGAUGGAUGAAACUAGAAGGUCAACACUUUAUAUUCCCUGGUGGUGGUACAAUGUUUCCAGAUGGAGCAGAGCAAUAUAUUGAAAAACUUGGUCAGUACAUUCCAAUAAGUGGAGGUGUUCUGAGGACUUCCCUUGACAUGGGGUGUGGGGUUGCUAGUUUUGGAGGAUUUAUGCUAUCUCACAAUAUUUUGACCAUGUCUUUUGCUCCAAGAGAUUCUCAUAAAGCUCAAAUACAAUUUGCUUUGGAAAGAGGAAUACCGGCUUUUGUUGCUAUGCUUGGUACUAGAAGACUCCCAUUUCCUGCAUUUGGAUUUGACUUAGUUCAUUGCUCUAGGUGUUUGAUCCCAUUUACAGCCUACAAUGCCUCUUAUUUCAUUGAAGUGGACAGAUUGCUCCGCCCUGGUGGAUAUUUAGUUAUUUCUGGCCCCCCUGUUCAGUGGCAUAAACAAGAUAAAGAAUGGUCUGAUCUCCAGGCUGUGGCAAGAAUCUUGUGUUAUGAACUGAUUGCUGUAGAUGGUAACACUGUGAUCUGGAAGAAGCCUGCAGGAGAAACAUGUCUUCCUAAUGAAAAUGAAUUUGGUCUUCAGUUAUGUGAUGAAUCAGAUGACCCAAGUCAAGCUUGGUACUUCAAAUUGAAGAAAUGUGUCAGUAGGACAUCUGUAAAAGGAGAUUAUGCUAUAGGGGUAAUUCCCAAGUGGCCGGAGAGGUUAACUGCAACACCUCCAAGAUCCACCCUCCUGAAGAAUGGUGUUGAUUUGUUUGAGGCUGACACUAAGAGAUGGGUAAGGAGGGUGGCUCACUAUAAGAAUUAUCUAAAAACCAAGUUGGGCACUCAAUUUGUACGCAAUGUCAUGGACAUGAAUGCAUUAUUUGGGGGUUUUGCUGCUGCCUUAAAAUCUGAUCCGGUGUGGGUGAUGAAUGUAGUUCCUGCUGAAAAGCCACCCACUCUUGAUGUUAUCUUUGACAGAGGUCUUAUUGGAGUCUAUCAUGACUGGUGUGAACCAUUUUCAACAUACCCUCGUAGCUAUGAUCUAAUCCACGUAGCCAGCAUUGAAUCCCUUAUAAAAGAUCCAGCUUCUGGUAAAAACAGAUGUAGUCUUGUUGAUUUGAUGGUAGAAAUUGAUCGAAUGUUGCGUCCAGAGGGAACUGUGGUGGUAAGGGAUGCCCCUGAAGUGAUCGACAAAGUAGCUCGCAUCGCCGGAGCAGUGCGGUGGAAGCCUACCAUUUAUGAUAAAGAACCCGAAUCACACGGCAGAGAGAAGAUUCUAGUUGCAACCAAGACUUUAUGGCAGCUCUAAGUCACAUCCCAUUCACACAGCUCUGUAAUUUAGGUAACUUCCCGUUUUCCAUCAUGUGGAGGGUGAAGGUAUGCAUCAAAGAGAUGCUGUUUUCUGACUCUCAAUAUUCUCAUACAAAGAACAUACUCAGGUAAGAUUUCAAAGAGAUGGAAAGACCCUUGUGCAGUUUUUGCAUGGAGAAUGCAAUACAGUGUUCAUUACAUUUUCUCUAAACUUUAAGGAUGUCAAAUGUAAUUCAAAACGUCUUUUUUAUUGUAAACAUAUUAUCAUUGAUUAUAAUUCAGCUACAUUUCACCCUC